UGCUUGAUAUUCUUAUGAGAUGACCACCACCAGUGCCAAACUCUUAAAGCUCGCACUUCCGCUCAUCAAAAACCAUGGAUUCACCCGAGAAACGCUGUCCUUGUCGGCGUUAUCCCUACCCACGCCACUAGCUAAUCCUCUCCCAGACGCGAGCGUGACUGCGCUGUUUGGCCCAGGAGACGAUGCAUGUAGGACGCUUGUGCAUGCGUGGCUUGAUGAUGCGAGACGUAGGAUGAAGGAAGAAGCGAUAGAAAAGAUGGGAAUGGGAGAUGUGUUGAAGGCAAGGCUGAAGAGCAACGAACCAGUGCUGGAGCACCUUCCAGAGGCAUUUGCUCUCCUCGCUUCCUCUCCCUUAUUACCUCUACCUCUGCUCCCGGUGGACCCUGCGCCGAUAAUCAGACACGCUGCUCAAGUAUCUAACCAGGCGUGUUGGAUCGCUCAUAGCGAUUCAUCUUGGUACACCCGCCGAGCAACCAUCUCCGCCAUCUACCUCGCCGCCGAACUUCACCAACUGACUUCCCCAAAGACAGCACCAGAGUUCUUGGAUUCGCUCCUGGAGAAUGCUGAGCAUGCGGGAAAGGCUUUGGACGAGACGGCUUUGUUUGCGAGUUAUGUUUGGAAGAGCUGGAGAGGGAUCGUGAGGAGUUCUGGGGUGUUGGUUUGAUUCUGGGGUGUGGUUCACACGCGAGAUAUAUGCAUACUUGUAUGGCUAUAACUGGCCAAUGUUACCAUAUCGUUUACAUUAUACUUGAUCCGAUUACAGGGUAGAAGAGGCUGGUAGAGGUAACCAAUUAUAUCGACUAUGAAGCUGUUAGUGAAAGGACAAUGAAUCGUCGAUUAGGCCUAAGGGCUAACGUACGUGGAACAAUAUUUGUCUUCAUUUACAGCUUAGUACCAGUCGGAGCUUACUCGGUUUCUUAGGGGCCAGGUGAAAUUGACGCGGCCCUGCCGCGCCUGCCGCGGUCGU